AUGACCGCCGCCCAAAGCAAUCAAGGCACAAUGCAAGCAGUGGUCUCCAAGAGACGAUUUCUGCUGGCCAUGAUCCUGGCAAGGUCUUUAAACGCUGCCGGCAUUGGGGUGCUGAUCAGUGCUUCCAUCAACUUGCUCUACCAGCUCACGCGGAAGCAGCUGCAGUGGGAGGCAAAGGAAAAGUCCAAGGCGAGGGGUGCGGAGAGUGCUGACGAAGGUAUCGAAGGGCUGGUGCAUCAACGCGUGCAGCGAAUCUCUACGGACAUCAGCACACUCUCCACUCUCUUGGACUUUGUUUUGGCUCCGCUGGUUGGGCGCUUCAUGGAUGCGUUUGGGCGCAUGCCCACAAUGCUUCUUGCAGUGGGCAGCUCCGCUGUGAUGCGCCUCUCCGUAGCGACGCUGCCCUCCCUGAGGCUCUACGUUUUCUACCGUGUCGUGGUGGCCAUUACUGCUAACGCUUGGUUCGGUGCCAGCGCCGCCAGCAUCAGCGAUGUCUUCGGCCGAGGAAGCGCUGCCUUCGCAGAGGCGACGAGCCGCGUGCAGCGCUAUGCAUUGCUGGCUAUGUUGACCGGGACCUAUGCUGGGCGCUUCGUCAAGGAGCCGCAGCGAGCUUUCGCGGCAGUGGGCUUCAUGCAGCUUCUGGCGGCUGGCUGUGUCGGCCUUUGCGUCACAGAAACCUUGCCGUCAAAGGGGAAGAUGGACUGGUCUCUGAACACGGUGAGCCCCCUUACUUCCUUUGCCUUCUUCCGGAAGAGCAAAGCGCUUACUGCUCUGGCCGUGCUGUGUACUGCGAUGGAGCUUCCGUCGCACAUCAACAUCGAUGCCGUCUAUCGCCGCCAGAAGUUUGGCGAGCGAUGGAGCAACGAGCAAGACUCGUCGCAGCUGGUCGUCUACCAGAUUUCGGGUGUCCUCAGUACUCUCUUCCGCGCCCGGUUGAUUGCAAAGCUCGGUCAACAAGGAGCCUGCCGACUGGACGCUUGGUGCACAGUCAUCAUGAAUCUGAACAAUGCCCUGGCAUGGCACCCACGCCUCCUCUACUUGAACCCGCUUUUGAGUGUGUUUCAAUGCGGAGGACUCUCGCUGGAUCUGGAGCUGCAGAAGGCUGCGGCAGCCGCAAGUCUCGGCGUGCCUGGGCUCCGUGCAGUGAUCAGUGCUGUGGUUAGGUGCUUCUUUCAAGGGAGACGAUUAAUUCACUGCACCACUUACGUAGCUGUUUAG